ACACCCACACACACACACACACACACACACACAUACAUACACAUACAUACACACACUCAUUGUACACAGUCCAUUAAGAAGCCCGGCUGAAGAAUCAUCUGCUGUUGAACUUCUCAACGACACAGAUUGUACAGGCGGUGUGUGAGAAGAACAAUGUCAGGACCGAGGCCUGUGGUGCUGAGCGGCCCCUCCGGAGCAGGGAAGAGCACUCUGAUGAAGAGGCUGAUGAAGGAUCAUGAGGACGUCUUUGGCUUCAGCGUAUCACACACAACAAGAAACCCUCGACCAGGAGAGGAAGAUGGCAAAGGGUUGAACAAGCUCCCCAUGCUUCUGGGGGCUACUUUACUGCCCGUAGCAGCCGUCUUUUCCUCUGAAGACUUAGACUUGUCAACCUCAUUUUCGUGUCCAAACGAAUCAGAAACCACAGAUAAAGACUACCACUUCACAACGAAAGAGGCCAUGCAGGAGGGCAUUGACAAUGGAGACUUCAUCGAAAACGCAGAGUUUUCCGGGAACAUGUAUGGAACGAGUAAAGCCGCCAUAGAAGACGUGCAGGCCCAGAACCUAAUCUGCAUCUUAGAUGUGGACAUCCAGGGGGUGAAGAGGAUUAAAGAGACUGACCUGAACCCUAUCUACAUCUCCAUCCAGCCUCCCUCCAUGGAGAUCCUGGAAAAACGUCUGAGGGACAGGCAGACGGAAACAGAGGAGAGUUUACAGAAACGCCUGGAGGCAGCACGCAUCGACAUGGAGCUCAGUAAGGAGCCUGGAGUGUUUGAUGUUGUUAUCAUUAACGAUGACUUAGAGAGGGCCUAUGAGGAGCUGAAAGACAUCCUCAAUGAAGAAAUCCAAAAGGUUCAGGAAGCCAAAUCAUAAGAGGGAAGCAGUAACCCAGUCUUUCUGCUGCUGGACAGAAGAACCAACACUUGUGACUCACACAAACACACACAAGUUUGUUUUUCUUUUACCCUCUAUGUUAUGUGGUCAGAGGUUUCAUGCUGAAUGGUGCUCAGAUGGAAAAGAGGGAUUUUUGUUCUUGACUGAGAGAACAGGGCUAGAGUGUGUGUUAGAUUUAGUCAAAUUAAUGGUUGAAAUCUCCUCAUCCAUACAUUACUGUCGGCUCAGCUGGCAGGUAAAAUAAAAACAAUACGUACAACGGCCAG